GGAGACAGACAAAGGGAUAUGACGGAUUCGGUAUGAUGAAUAAUGAGUUCUUCCCGUCAAUCGAUUGCCCUUUUUGGAUGGUGGAGUCGGGGAUAUAUGCGUCAUCCUUGGACUAACAUAACGAUAACGUCCAGUUGUCAUGUCCCUUGUUAAGGAGCAACUCGCUGUCCUUUGACCACAUGCAGAUCAUAGUGCCCUGGCCGCCACUUGCACACUUAUCGCAUUGCAGAGAACAUUUGAUUGUUUUCACCCAUCCAUUGCCUCUUCUUAUGGGUGGUAGCCAGCAGUCGUGCUCCACCGUCGUACGCUGUCUUUUAAUUCUCCUGCUGCCUCCGCGCCAUUUGAUGACCAAUCGAAGCACUCUACUCCACGAUUAUUCCCCUCCCACGGGUGACCUACUAAGCUCCCCUCCUUUAUGUUCCACUGCAGCCGUACGGUCAGCAUGUACAGCGAAUCAACAAAAAUACUAUAUUCCCCGUGCUCUAACACGAUCGACAAAGACCCGGAACGAAUCGACGUCGUUGUACGGUGAAUUCAUUGCCACUCAAGAAAUUGGAGAUAUCUGUGUCAAUGUCUUUACAUUCGGUGCCAACACUGCUUCUGCUGAAGACGGAAUCUAUCUAUUAAAUACACGAAUGACUAUUGGCCCUAUCGUUGAUGAUGAAGGAAAUCCUGCGCACUCUCUUCUAACGAUGUAUUGUGACCUCGUCUUUUUGCUCAUUCGCACACCAGCUCAAUUACGAAUUAUGUUCUCACAGAUCGUACUCGAAGGUUAUGCAACUAUGUCACUGUGGAUAGAAUUUUGGGAGAUGUUAUCCAUUGACCACAUUCAGAGGCUCGGACACGAAACCAAUGGUCAUGAAUUCUCCCUGCAAAUCAUCGAUGAUCUGUUCUCUCAUUCUGCAAGACACCUUCGAAGUCUACAAUGAACAAAGUUACCUGCGCGACAAGGGUCAGCGACUGAAGGCUGAACAACAGCAUAUUCUCGACUGGAUUGUAGAGAGAGCGUGGUCCAGCACAGAAACAACUUCUUUUUUUCGUUGAGGGAUGUCCAGGCAGGUCGAGGGUGCCGGUGAGAACGCGAAGAGACGCUGUGUCUAUUUGCGGAGACAAAUGAAGGAUUGUCCAAGACUGUACAAAUAUUGUAUUUCGUGACCUGCCACUGUAAACACAAUUGAUUGGAAAAAAGACGACCGAAGGCGUGUCUAUGUUGUAUGUCAAAAA